AUGGGUGUGACGGGCAUGUGGGAAUACAUGCAGAAAUUCGUACAGCCAAUCGAUAUAUCAACCUUACGGAAUAAAAGGAUCGCUAUCGAUGGUCACAUAUGGUUAUGUGAAGUAAUGCGUGGCAGUGUAGCACACAGUUCAACAGCUCGGAAACCACAUAUCAGUACAUUUUAUAAUCGAUGUCGGUCGUUGAUCGAGAAAGGUAUCGAACCGAUCGGUCAAAACAUUCCACUGAAGAAAGCCCGUAAACAAGGAACAGGAAUUUGGGCACCGGAGCUCAAGGCGGAAAUUCAGACCAAAAUCAAUGAAAUUAAGUGUUUGUUGAAUGUGAUGGGAAUACGAUGGAUGGCCAGUAAACUUGAAGGUGAAGCGCAGUGUGCUCAACUAGAACGUCGUGGACUUGUACAUGGCUGUAUAACUCGUGAUUUUGAUUAUAUUUUAUUCGGUGGUAAUAAUUUGUAUCAGGUAGAGUUCGGUCCGGGUGGAAAAACUAUCAAUGAUAAUAUUUUACUUCUCUCGAUGGAUUAUAUCAGCGAUCAACUUUGUCUUAGUCGGUCAUGUUUAAUCGCGAUGUCAUUGAUGAUGGGUUGUGAUUAUUAUCAAAAAGGUAUUCCGGGUGUUGGGGUUGUCACGGCACUGGAAAUUGUUUCUGAAUUUUAUAUUAUGAAACACGACCACCCACAAGUAAUCCUUGAUCGUUUCAAAUCCUAUGCAACAGAUGCAGUGCCGAUUCGUGAAUCAGAUAGUGCGGUGAGACGGAAGUUGAGAUAUAGUUGUGAGAGGAAUGUAGUCGAUAUUCGCGAGUUCAAUCCUAAUUCGGAUCUAAUCGCUAACGCUAUCAAUGUUUAUGUAGUUCCUUUGGUUAUUGAUUAUGCAAGAGCACAGCUGCCCAAAAAAACACAGCCUGACCUGCAAAAAACACAGGAAAUACUCAUGCGAGAAUGUUGCUGGGAUCCAAAUCGUGCAUCCACUUCAGUAGAAAGGACUACGAAGAAACAAGCCAGAGAACGAAGUUCUGCAAGUCAAAGGAAGUUGACGUCUUAUUUUCCGGUGAUACGCAACAAUCGACCCGUGGUUGCCGCAUGCUCGAAGCAAGAGGGCGCAUAUUGCUCAAAACGUGAAUGGGCUGCGAUGGAACGGCUUCGAUCCAACGCUAAAUUUUAUAAAUUCAAUCCGGUAAUCGAAGUGAUAUCAGUGCCAUCGACAUCUGAAGAUGUGACAGUAAUUGCAGCAAAGCAAAUCGCUCAAAAUAAUGAUAUGGGUAACACUAAUGAUACAUCAACACCGAAUCAACGUCGAGGAAUAAAACGCAAAAUGACGAAUGAUGCUAAAGAAGGUGGCGGUCUAGAGAGUGGUGGUAUUGGUAGUAUGGUGCCUAUGGGUGGUGCCGGUCUAGGGGUGGGUAUGGGCGGUGGAAUAGGUAUAGAACGCGGUAAUAACGUGUUCUUAAAAGAAGACCACUUGAAGCAUACGCUCAAAGAACAACAACAGUUAUUGCAACAUCAUCAACAGUUUCAACACCAGUUUAUAAUGGCUCAUAAGAAUGAACUUCAGCCAGUUCAACAGAAUGAACACAGCGCCUCAGCCGUAAUGAACACACCAACCGAUAUGAGUAUCAAUAAUAUGAAUUCGAAUAUGAGCAACAAUCAGAACAAUGUGACUUUGAUGAAGAUGAUCCACGAUGGAAGCAACAGUCUGAUAAUGCCAUCGCCAUCAGUUCAGUAUCCACACCAUCAAGCGAACAAUCAUCAGCACAAUGCCAACAAUCCCCAACACCAUCAGCAACAACCGACAACGACAAAUGAUGCUUCGGCGAGUGAUAUUAUUGUUAUUGAGGAGAUUACGACUAAUAAUACCGCGUUACAGGUGAUUCGUUGA